UAACUCACAAAUGUAUCAUUACUCUUCUGAAGAUAUUUAUCAACCUACUAAAAGAUUUUAUUAAUGGUGGAUGUAAGAGCUUUUUGGAGGUUUGCUAUGUUAAGCCCUACUGUAUAUAAAAACAUAACAUGAUGGCAUUUUAAUAUAAAAUUAUUAGUUUGUGUACAAGUAAGGAAAUCUGGGUGCGAGUAAAUCAUGAAAGAAUUUUCAUAUUCAGGUGAACUAUUCCUUUAUGUGACCCUGCCUGUGAAAACCCAGCUAAAGUCUUAAAGUUUUAUGAUUUACUGUUUACUACAUAAAAUCAUGCUUUAUAAUGGAUAUAACAUUCUGUGAAAAUAUAACCUUGAUAUAUUUAAUACUGACAGAUUAUGGCCAUUUUACAAGAAAGGAUUUAAAAUAUAUCAGUUUUCAGCAAUAUUCUGCAGACAAAUUACCCCAUUUUUUCUUUCAAACCAAUAAUUUUGAAUUUGAUUGGUGUAGUGUUGCAUUAAACUGUUUUUCCCAUGUACAAACAAUGCAUAAUUUGUCCAUUGAGUCAGAAAUGAUGUUCUAAAUUGUGACACAUACUUAAAAUUCCUCCCACAUUGUAUAUCCCUUGUAUACCCUCAUUUGUAUGAGACUGCAGUCUCUCCUUUGGUGCUACAAGUGAGGCUAAUUAUCAUCAUUCAGUGUUAGUCAGUAUUUGCAUGCCGCAUGUAAAGGAAUCGGAAACUUCUUUUGCUGCAGCUGCUCCCAUGGUACCAGCAGAAGUGUUUGGUGUAUCCAUGGCAACAGAGGUGUAACCUUUCACCUGCUUUGACACUGUCAUUAUCCGAGUUUGUGAACUACAUCACAUCUGACUGUCUAGAGGUUUUCAUACUGUGAGGUAGAGAACUUGUGACUUUGAUGUAACUAUAGAUUAUACAAAAUGGAAAAGCUUUAUGACAAAUGGAGCCAACCUGGUUGGAGAAUAGAGCAGAAAUAUGGCAACAAAGUACUCAUUGGUAAUUGGUCGGAGGAAAAAUUGCAAUUCACGCGAGAAUGCAAGCCAGCAAACAGUACCAACAGACUGGACUUCACAUCCAACUUGUUGCACAGACCUGAUGUAGUCGUGAGAAGAAUGGGUCUUCGCAGAUCGGAGGGUAUUCCCACAAGGCUUCUGCUCUCUCAUCACGGCGUCCUCGCCUCCAACUACCUGGUGACACUUUACGAUGAGUCGUAUGGGCGGCAGACCUCCUCCAGUCUGCCCACACUGCGCACUUGGCACUCUGACAAACUGGCCUGGGUCCCAGAGAGGUCAGAUCACCCCAUCCAAGGUCCCCCUACAAACUUUGGCUUAUUGGAGUCUUGGCGGGCUCAGAAGGAACACCAGCGGGCAAUUGUGCCCACACUGAGCGUGUAUAAGGCUUCAUACCCUUUACACCCCAUCAGUGCCUUCUGUCACUCUCGCUGCGUCACCGCGCCCAAGAGCUUCUCCAGCAGUCAGCUUCCUGCCAACCACAGCAAUAAGAACCUGGCACUGAGUCGCAGACCCUGCAGGCAGAUCUCCAGUAAUCCAGCCAGCCCACUGUGAACCAUGCACAUUGUCUCAUCACUUUUAGCUUUCCAGUACACUCUUAAAGUAAAGGUCCCAAAAAGGUUCUUUAUGAGCUGUAUGAUUUCAUAAAGAGACUUUACCUUCGCAUGCACAAAAGAGUCCUUGUAGUGGAAAAGUUUGGCUAGACGGCCUCAGGAGCAAAAACAUAAACAAACGUUUCCAAACGAAACAUCCGGUAGACUUCCACAUAGAAUCAAUAACAAGAGUCUCUUUAUAGUCUAUUUGAUUCAUAUAUCUUAAUUCAUAUAUCAUAUCUAACACGUAUCAACUACUACACUGAGCUAACGUUACUGUGUAAAAUUAAUGUAUACAAUGUUAGCUAAUUCUUGCCUGCCUGCCAAACUUCUCCACACAGCGGUGAUCCAUGCUUGGUGUCUCCCCCUGUCUUUAGCAAACUGAAACAUUUUUGAAACACAAAUUGUAUUUACAUUUAUAUUAAACUACAAUUAGUGCAAAACCUGAUGAUCCAUUAUUCCAGCAUGAUAAUAAGAUAUAAAGAUUAUUCCAAAGAACAUUUCAGGCAGUUUCUGAACAGGGCCUAUCCUAGUCCCAGACUAAAGUGCACUUUGAACUGGCUUAGUUUAAGAACAUAUCUGAACACAUAUCAUUGCCAUGGUUUUGUAUCAAGAUGCACACCAGUAGGCUAUUGUUUUUUUGU